GUUUCUAAAACAUAUCUGCUGUGUGCUACUGUUUGUCUUGAGCUGGUUAUUUAAUUUGGGCACAAGUGUUAUUCCACCAAAACUGAUUUAGAAAAAAAAUAUCAAACCGGUUUAAAAACGUCUACUUUGGCUGGAUUGUCUGUUUCUACUUAACUCGACAGUCAAUCCCGCAGGAUCCACCAUGGGGAAGUCCAAACAAGUAGGGAACCACAAGAGUGACAAGAAGAAGCACAUUGCAAAGACAUGGAAGACAAAGCGCAGGACCAAAGACCUGGACCAGAUCCACUCAGACAUGAAGCCUGAAACCGCUUCCAAGCUGCUCCAUCAGGAGGUGGACUACGAUGUGACAGGAUGCGCACAACACUACUGCUUACACUGCGCAAGAUAUUUCGUGGACAUGAGAUCACUGAAAGAGCACUUCAAAACUAAAGUGCACAAAAGACGGUUGAAACAGCUCAGAGAGGAGCCCUACACCCAGGCAGAGGCGGAGAGAGCAGCAGGUAUGGGCUCCUACAUCCCUCCAAAAAUAGUUGAAGUGAAGACGCAGCCUGUGGAAGAGGACAUGAACUGAGAGCGGCCCACUUUUAAACCCAUGGACUGAUGAACUCAAUAUCAGAAGCGUUAACAACACGGAUGAUGCUUCUAUUAUCUCUUGCGGUCACAGAUGUUGAGUGCGUUGUUAAAAUGCUUUUUUUUGUGACACGCUUCCAGCCUGACUUUUAGACGUCUGGCUAUCACCGGAUUCAGGAAAGCCUUACCUUGUACGGGGUAAUGUAAUGCAACAUGUACUUAAUAUUGAGUAUGUGUGGAACUGUGCGAAUAAACUAUAACAUGGAGUGGAUUAA